GCGAUGCCGAGGCAACGCGCUGCGAUCAUGCGAGCGACGGCGGGCGCGUGAGCAGUUCGCCACCUACCCUCCAUUCUCUCGAAGAUUUCCGCCCCCGCCUCCGCCUCAUCUCCUCCACCACCACCCUCCCUCCAAUUCACAAAACACACGGGGAAAUCAAUUGCCACCAAAACCCGCUGUUCCCUCUGCGCCCCCUCCCUCCUUCCUCGGAGAAAAGAGCCGGGGAACGAUUCGUCUCUCCCUCGCUCCCUUCUCCUCCCUCGCCAGGAGAUCCGAUCGGCCGAGGGCGCGCCGGGAACAAGAACCGCGCGCGGAUUGUAAUAAACAAACAGAUAAAGGGAUCAUCCAAAGGCGGCAAGAGCAGGCAAGUCACCGCCCGUUGCCGCCGGGGAGGAGAUGUCGGACGGCGCGGGCUCCCGGAUGGGCGUCGUCGGCGCGCUGAGCCUAUCGGUCACCUCGUCCGUGGCCAUCGUCAUCUGCAACAAGUACCUCAUCAGCACCCUCGGCUUCUUCUUCGCGACAACACUGACGAGCUGGCACCUGAUGGUCACCUUCUUCACACUGUAUGUCGCACAGCGGCUGCGCUUCUUUGAGCCAAAGCCUAUUGACACGCGGACCGUCAUCUCAUUUGGAUUGCUCAAUGGCAUCUCCAUCGGCCUCCUCAACCUCUGCCUCGGAUUCAACUCUGUUGGUUUUUACCAGAUGACCAAGCUGGCCAUCAUACCCUUCACCAUAGUCUUGGAAACCAUCUUUCUGAACAAGAAGUUCAGCCAGAGCAUCAAGGCCUCCCUCAUGGUCCUGCUCCUGGGAGUCGGCAUCGCGUCGGUCACCGAUCUCCAGCUCAAUCUCCUUGGCUCCAUCAUCGCCGUGCUCACCAUCGCGGCGACAUGCGUCGGACAGAUUCUGACCAACCAAAUCCAGAGGAGGCUGAAGGUGUCCUCGACGCAGCUGCUGUACCAGUCGUCGCCGUACCAGUCCGCCGUGCUGCUGGUCACCGGCCCGUUCGUCGACAAGUUCCUGACCAAGCGCGACGUCUUCGCCUUCAACUACACCGUCCAAGUCGUGGCGUUCAUCGCGCUGUCUUGCUCGAUCGCGGUGUGCGUGAACUUCAGCACGUUCCUGGUGAUCGGCACGACGUCCCCCGUGACGUACCAGGUGCUGGGCCACCUCAAGACGUGCCUGGUGCUCUCCUUCGGCUACAUCAUCCUCAAGGACCCUUUCAGCGUCCGCAACGUGGCCGGCAUCCUCGUCGCCAUCUUCGGCAUGGGCCUCUACUCCUACUACUCGGUCGCCGAGAGCCGGAAGAAGACCGAGGCCGCCGUCUCGCUUCCGGUCGCCGCGCAGAUGAUUGAGAAGGACUCGGCGCCGCUCCUUGGCGCCAAGGGCUCGCCACGGACGGAGAACAAGAACGAGGAUAGCUUCGACUACAUGCCGAGGACGGCGAAGAGCGCGUUUACCGGCCGGUGAGCGCGUAGCCUCGUUCUAUACGUACCUAUCUAGGGCGGUGGUAGGCAACGAGCAACACGAUCAAAAGAUGUAUCGGCGGCCAAGUGAAGUUCCAGUUCUCAUUUUUGCGAGAUUUCUGCUCAGAGAAGUGAUGACCAGUUGGUAGAGCAUAGAUGAGAGAAUGAAUGUGUUGUUUCCCGAUCAAGCUUGAAAUGGUGGACUGGACUGGUGAGCGGUGAUAGUACAAGGUGUGCAAAAUCUUUCAGAUUUA